AUGAACACGGCCAUGGAAGGCAUCCUUACGGGAGUCAGUAAGUUUAAUGUUAGCUUUCUCAUACUCGCAGAAUCGAAUAGCAUGACACCCACCGAAGCGUCGAAAGCUAUUGACGCGGUCGCCGAGAGAUUGAUGCUGUUUAAAAGAAAGAUGGAUGCCCAGUUGCAGGACGAGCAAAGACUGGUGCAGCGAUGCAAACAGCGCGUGGAUCACAUUCUACUGCCCAACGCUGACGAUGAUAAACCGGUAUUCUGUCACCGACGCAUUGAGAGAAUAUUAAUAGAUUAUUUCUUGAGAGAAGGCUUCUACGAUACUGCCGCGGCGGUUGCAGCUGAUUCGAAGAUCGGCCAUCUCGUAGACAUUGAGAUGUUCGCGGACUCGAAACGGAUCGAAGAUGCGCUCGCGAGGCAAGACUGUGAGGAAGCUCUCGCGUGGUGUGUGGAGAACCGCAGUCGCCUGCGUAAGCAAGGUAGCACGCUUGAGUUCAACCUGCGCAAACAGGAAUUUAUGGAGUUGAUCCGCCAGGGUAAGCGCAACGCAGCCAUAGCGCACUCGCGCAAGCAUCUCUCGCCGUUCCACACGACUAACCUCAAGGACAUUCAACGGGCCAUGGGAUGUCUGGUAUUCAACCCUGAUACCACCUGCCUGACGUAUACGUAUCUGACGUCAAUGAAGCGGUGGACUGAUCUGCGCGCCCAGUUUCGAGACGAUAAUUUCAAACUGCACAGCUGCACGUCCGAGUCGAUGCUUAGUAUUAUACUCCAGGCUGGCUUGUCUGCCUUUAAAACCAAGAUGUGCUACCAACCGGAAAACAAAAGCCUCAAUUGCCCCGUAUGCGAUCCUUUGUUGAAUAAGCUGGCUGAGAAGUUGCCGUUCUCUCACCGUUUGCACUCGAGUUUGGUAUGCCGCAUCUCGGGCGAGCUGAUGAACGACCACAAUCCGCCUAUGGUUUUGCCAAACGGCUAUGUCUACAGCGAAAAGGCGAUCAAAGAAAUGGCGACCAGACACGACGGGAAAAUUAUAUGUCCACGCGGAGGGCAGCGUUAUAGGCUCGACGCCGUGAAAAAAGUCUACGUUAUGUGAGCGACUCUUGCGACACUCAAGAUGAAUCCGAAACUAUCAUUCCACCGGAUCUACAU